UUAAGCUGUUGGAGAUACCGAAGAUAUUUUCAACCACUGGACUCUAUUCUUAUUGACUUAAAAGCAACAUAACGACACAGUGAAGUUUCACCAAUGAUCUGUAUACUGCUGGUAGCGGGCCACGGCACCGUCUUAGAGGCUCAAAUUAAGAAUGAUGAAACAGGCUUAUACAGCCACCUGACUGGAGUACCAAAGGCUUUACUUCCUGGCGUGGGAGGAAGGAAGAUCCUCGACUUUUGGUGGGAAACCGUCAACAUGCGACAGCUUUUCACAGAAGUGUAUUUGGUGACUAAUGCGGACAAGUAUAAGUACUAUGAGCGCUGGGCCACAGCUAACGACUUCCCGGUUGAAAACAUUGUGAAUGACGGCAGCACGACGUUGGAGGACCGCCUCGGAGCCGUGGCUGAUCUGGAGCUGGUCAUCCGCAGCCGAAAGCUGGAGGACGACAUCAUGGUGAUUGCAGGAGACAUGCUGUGUGCAGACCAGAACUUUGACAUUGCUCAAGUGAUCCGCUUCUUCAGGUCAGAGCCUGGAGAGUUAAUCAUAUACUACGAGUUGGAGGAAAGUGAGAAAAGCAGCUCCAGAGGCAUAGUGGAGGUUUGCCCCGACACCCACAGGGUAACACGCUUCUUGGAGAAACCUCAGGAUGGGCUCACAGCGUCCCGGCUGGCCAGCGUUGUGUUUUACUGUCUCCAGAGAGACACACUGUCCCACCUGUCCGACUUCCUGCGCCUGCAGCCUCAGGCAUCCUUCGGACGAUUCUGGGAGUGGCUCGUCAAUGAGAAGCAACUGGAUGUGUUUGGGAUGAAGCUUCCUACUGGCUUCCAGCUCAUUGGACAAGUGGGCCUGUCAGACUACACCAAGUGGCUCACCCACUACUCCACCAAGCAACAAGACAACCCUGCUAAACCAAUCACAUACAGAUCCUUUGCCCGGGUUGGAUUGAUGGGGAACCCCUCGGAUGGCUUCAACGGGAAAACCAUCGCCAUGUCCAUCUCUAACUUCUGGGCCGAGGUCACUCUUGUGGAGAGCCAGACUUGGUACCUGGGAGGUCUGCGGCUGCUGCAGGCUACCUGCAAGAAGUUCCUACCAGUUCUGCUCCAAACAAGGGUAAGUAUUGCUUUGACAAAGCAGAACUUCACACUGAAGUAUGACACCAACAUUCCUCGGGCCUCGCUGGAAGCAGUUGCCAUCGUCUCAGCUACUCUGAAGUGUCUCAUGAAGUUCUACAAUAUCACCGACAAUGAUCUCCCAAAGCCGAUCCGAGCCAACUUCAUCCUCAACGUGGAGACUGAUGAGCUCUUCAUCACUGCGGGCCUGCAGGGACAGAGUUGUUCAGGUCAGUGUAUGAAGGCUUGUCUACAUGGAUUUCAGCAGAAGAAUCUCAUGGCAGAGCAGGGCUACGGUAUUGAAGUCAACAUCUGUCCGUGGAUGAUAAGGAACUAUGUUUCUAUGGACAUGAGUGGGCUCCCACACUUUUGGCUGGCUUACCUGAGCGACCCCAGCGACUCUGGACGCAUCCACAGCAACAUCAGACAGCGCUGGCUCAGUGGAUUAACUUUUCCUACGGGAAGCCUCUGGUGUCGAGGCCAUGAGAGUUUUGCUGAGCUCACCGAUCAAGCAAGGAUGGCUCUACAGGACAGAGACUGGAGGCGCCUGGCUCAACUGAUGGACCAGAACUUUGAGCUGCGGAGGUCUGUGUACACUGAUGACUGUCUGGGUCCGGGGAACCUGAAGAUGGUUCAGCUGGCGAGGCAGUUUGGAUCGGCGGUGAAGUUACCCGGCAGUGGGGGAGCCGUGGUGGGUCUGUGUCUGGAUGAAGAGAAACUGGUGGAAAUGAGGCAAGCUUUCCAGGAGGCAGGCUGUGUCUUCUGUGUCAUCGCUCCAUACAACCCAUCUGCCAGCACUGUGGGCGGCCAACACUAGCCUCACAUCUCCCCACGACUCAGUCAGGGCUACCCGAGGCCAGCUCAUGGCCAUCGGCUGGAUAUGGCAGAGUGCAACCCUCAGUGAGGCCCAAUAUCAUUUCAUAGCCCUUAUUACUAAAACAGACAGCGGAGAUCAUGAUUGUUUUAUGAUCAAAUGUGUAAAUGUCCCCUCUGUGGGAUGAAUAAAGGUAUUCUGAUACAUGAAAAUAUAAGAAAGCCAUUGUUAAAAAAGGAAAAUCAGGGUUGCCAUUAGGUGAUUAAAUCUUUGGGGAUACUGUGUGUAAUUAUUAAUCAGAUUGAUCAAAUGGUGCUUUAUCAUCCAUCAGGAUUUGCGUCACUUGAUCUCUGGACAAAAGAGAGUCUGCAUAUUUUACAUUUUUAUUUCAGAUUAUAUGACAAUGAUGAUCACAUGGAAAUGUAAGGUUCUGCACGAGAAUGACCUUGAGUCAAAUAUAUCAAUCGCAGUAAUGUGAAAAUUAUGUAAUUAUUUUUCUACAUGUGAUAUUUUAUAGAUAUUAUC